UGCCUUUUAUGAAACAUGUUAUUCUAUGAACACCCAUUCUAGAAUGUUAAGUGAUGUCAUAUCAAGAAUUGUCUCAGAUACAAAAAACAACAGAGAAUUGUUCAUUCCCUACAAACCUGCUGAACAGAGUGCAUCAGAACGUAUACACAGAGAGAGAAAGUAUACCAACGAUGGACAAAACAAUGAUUGUAAGCCAGCACCUCCUUGUGGAAACGGAGCUGGCGAAUAGCUUGAGGAAACUGACCCUGGAGGAGAGGAGACUAGAGGUCAGAAAGCAAAUGUUUGUUGAGCUGAGAGAAAUGGAGGUGAACCGUAGACAGAAAGUCGCUCUGGAGACCCUGCAGCAAUGCAAAAGGGACAGAGAGGAGGAAGAACAAGAGGCAGAAAGGGCACUGCAGGAAAGCAUGGAGACGGCGAGGAGGCAGGAGUUUGAGCAGAGCCAACUGAAAGUAGAAAGACUUCAGUGGCAGCAGGUGAUGCUAACAAGCCCCACCUGUAGCUUCAGUUCUCUGAAAAAAGACCAACAGAGUGAACCAAGUUCUGCUGAGCUCUGCCGCCAUAAGAGCGCCAAAGUCCACCCAGUGAACCUGCCCUCUGACACCAAACACAAGACUCUCCACAACAACUGGGUUGGCGAGAAAACUAUCGAAAGUGUUCAAGCCAAAGACAACAGCGCCACCUAUCUGCUCUUUGCUGCUAAGUCAAACCCCAAGUGUGAAGAACAAAAACCCAAAGUCAACAAGUCCCUGCAGUGGAUUCAGGACCGACUGAAGGUCGGACACUGGGUCGACAAGUACCAGCACUACGCGGACAAGGAGAGGGAAAAGCGCACGCGCAAUGCAGAGCAGCAUUAUGAAAGCUGGAUUGCUUUCCACCAAAUCAGCAGCAUGAGCACUUACUUUUACUAAUUCACUUCGUUUUUUUUGUUUUAUUAUUUACUGUGGUACUGUGCUUAUAGUGUCGCCUGCUGGAGAGUCUGCAGUUGCUCAGAUGGGGAUCAGACACUAUACAAGCAUGAUGUCUACCUGUUCCUGUUCUGCUGCAGUAGACUCAGUCCUGGAGGGCUGAUGAGAGAGGCUCACGCACACACCUCCCUGAAAACACCCGAGCUCCUCCCGUCUGUCAUUUUUACCUGGCUCAGGACAGGAGUAUUCCACAACCAACCACUUGUGGAAACUCCUGUGACUGUGGACAGGACUCUUGCCACACUUGUUGGAAGAGUCCAGUCCACUGUAAUUUCACCUGGCUGUGGACACGACUCUUGCCACACUUGUUGGAAGAGUCGUGUACACAACCAGGUAAAAAUGACAGAAGAGGAGGUACGGUUUUUCAGGCCACUCCCGACUCUCCCCAGCAGGAGGCGCCAUGGCCACAGUCCACCGUCACACUGCGUUUUCUUUUUUGGUGUGAUGUAUAAACUAUAAUAAAACUGUGUUGAAGUGAAAA